AUGUUUACACAGUUGAAAAUCAAUCUUCCGUUCAUCGAGGCGCUUCAGUCUAUGCCCAAGUAUGCGAAAUUUCUCAAAGAUCUUUUGAAGCGUAAGGAGAGAAUCAGUGAGCUUUCGAAUAUUCCGUUGACAGGGGGUUGUUCCGUGGUAGUCUUGAAUAAGCUACCAGAGAAACUGACCGACCCUGGUACUUUCACGAUUCCAUGUUUCUUCGGGGGAGCCAUUACCCCUGCUCACGCCUUAGACGAUUUAGGUGCCAGCAUCAAUAUGAUGCCGUUUUCGUUGUAUGAGCGACUUGGUCUAGGAGAGCUUACACCCACGUGCAUGUCAUUGUCCUUGGCUGACCAAUCAGUCAAGUAUCCUCGUGGGAUAGUAUAG